UCCGGCUCAUUCACGUCCAUUCUCUGUGUGGACGUAACACUUUAUUGCCAUCAACUGCCACUCCGUGUCACUGCUGCAGCGCCUCCCCGUCACCCAGUCGCCAUCACGUACAGCGAGUCAUGAGUCAUGAAUGCACCCGUCCUGGCUCUGCUCGUCGCCGCUCUGGUCGCGCUGGGGUCGGUCGGGGUCGGGGUGGUCGAGGGUCGCCUGAGUCGCGGAAGGGCUAAGAAGAUAAAGUUGAUCCCGAAGUACUACGCCAUACGCCACUGUGACAACAGGCCUUGCGGCAUGCGCGUGUUCAACGUGACAAAACACUUGGACCGGGAUGGGGUCGAGUACGUGGACGGUGAGCUGGAGAUGUUCAAACAGCUGAACGUCAUAAAAACGCUCACUUUGGUCGUCCACCGCUGCACCGGCGGCAUGGCCCCCAACCAGUGCGAGUACUUCAACCGCUGGAGCUGGUCCGCCGGGAUCUGCGCGCUCAUCUCGGCGAAGGGCAUGCCCUGGUCGCCGGCCUUCAACAGCAUGACGCCGGCCUUCAAGUGCCCCGUGACGGUGGGGCUGAGGCACGUACGCAACGCUUCGCUCGACCUGGACGCCCUGGUGCAAUGGGACGCGUCCAUGACGCUGGACAAGCAUAUAUGGCCCUUCGAGCUCCAGCUCCACAACGAAGCGGACAAGCUGGCGUUCUGCGUUCAAGGAAUAGUCGAAUACCAUCGGAUUCUGAUCAAAAGGGAUAGCGCUUCAUGACAUAACGCGUAAACUAGACGGCAGAGGGCCAAACUAGAAGAAACGGAGAAGUUUUAUCAAUAAAUGGUAUUAUGUUGGUAG